UAUGUCAGUUUGUACGUGACGGGCGGCACUAUGGCGUUUGUAUUUACAGUUUUUCGAGCGAGAUUUCGUUUUGCAAGUGCGCUGUCAUUAGCGAGUUUUGUGUAAGAGUAGUACAUCACGAAAUUAAUGGUUAUCGACGAUCGACGACGACCGGUUGACCGCGGUAUGAGGCAUCGUAUCAUGCCUGCGCCUUCGGUCGGCUUUGGUGAACAUAUUGAGGAAUACGAAGUGCUGGAUCUACUGGGCAAGGGCGGCUACGGAAGUGUUUAUCUAGCAAAAUGUCUUCGCAGUGGCAUGGAAGUUGCGAUCAAAAUGAUCGACAAGAAAAUGAUACAAGCUGUUGGAAUGGUGGAUAGAGUAAAUCAAGAAGUAAGGAUACAUUCACAGUUAAAACAUCCAGCUAUCCUGGAGUUGUACAGAUAUUUUGAAGAUAGAAACUAUGUAUACCUAGUUUUAGAAUUAUGUCACAAUGGAGAGUUUCAACGCUUUCUCAAAACACAAGGUGCCAAAGCUUUGUCCGAAGAGAAUGCUGCCCAUAUAAUUAGACAAGUUGUACAAGGUUUACUUUAUCUACAUUCUCAUCAAAUACUUCACAGAGAUUUGUCACUGUCCAAUCUACUUUUGACCAGAGAUAUGCAAGUGAAAAUUGCGGAUUUUGGAUUAGCCACACAAUUAAAUAAACCAGAUGAAAAACAUUUGACUAUGUGUGGCACACCAAAUUACAUCUCACCAGAAGUUGCUACAAGAUCUUCACAUGGCCCGGAAGCAGAUGUGUGGAGCUUGGGAUGUAUGUUAUAUACUUUGCUGGUGGGCAUACCACCAUUUGAUACCGAGGCUGUUAAAAGUACCUUGACUCGAGUAGUUAUAGCUGAUUAUGUGAUACCGCCACAUUUAUCAAAUAAUGCGAAAGAUCUGAUUGAUAAAUUGUUGAAAAAGAAUCCAAAAGAUAGGAUAUCCUUGCGAGAUGUCUCUAAGCAUCCAUUUAUAACAAAUAUAGAAAAAAAUAGGCUAUAUAAUGAAAAAAACAGUAUGGAUAAAAACUCAUUAAUGGAUGGCAUGAUGGAUUCCGGGCUUGGAAGAACACUAUCGUCAUAUGGCCGGCCUAAAAUGCGAUCCCGAUCAGAGGAAAGAAUGACUACGACGCCGAUAAUGCCUAUCACCAGUAUGAGAAGCGAGGCAUUAUCCGAGCCCAUUGCAAAGUUGCAUUCGAAUAUAGCGAGAUACAUGAAUCACUGUGCAAAAGAAGACUCUGUAUUGACGAGCAUUCCAGUAUCUCGCAGUAGAGUGUUGUCGCAGAACGAACAGUAUGGUGAUUGCAAUGGACAUGAUUGUUUGGAAAGGCAGAAGGUUAUAGAAAGGCACAAGCUAAGAAAAGAAAAAUCCGUGGAAAAUCGUAAUAUUGCAAAGGGAACUGAAGAGAGCAUAAAGUUACAAGUGUCGCCCUUAAAUUCCAACAGGCUACAACCCACCAGGCACAGAACAAAAACUGCAAUUCUCACAAUUCUAGACAACGGAGAAGUGUGCAUCGAAUUUAUUAAGCGCAAAAACGGCAUGGAAAAAGUUAGUGAGGUGUGUAGAAUAUCAGGCGAUGGUCUACGAGUCGUUCUCUACAAACUGAACGUACCUGCAGAGAUUGGUUCGCAACCACCACCGUUACCUAACCGAGGUGCCGACAGCAUUUACUCGUACGAGAAUUUACCGGCCUGUCAUCAUCGGAAAUACAUGUAUGCAUUUAUUUUCGUAAAAUUGGUUCAGGCAAAAACUCCGAAAUUGACGCUGUAUACACAAUGUGCAAAAUGCCUGUUCAUGGAAAAUGGUCCGCAGCCUGAUUGUGAAGUGCAUUUUUAUAAUGGAAUAAAGAUUGUUCGAAUGAACAAGAUCGUAAAAAUCACUGAGAAUAAUGGCAGUGCGUUUUUCGAAGGUGAAUUCCCACCACAUCUCGAAAAUUAUUACGAACAUUACUCAGAGUGUUAUCAGCGUUGCCUACUUUUGGAAUCCACUCUGACAUCUUUGGAAGCAGCCACUGGGCAUUCCUGUUUUCCCGUGAUAGUCGGACGAAGGCCCAGUACGGCUUUAAACGAUACUCCCUAUCUGCAGGGAAAAGAAAAUAUCUCGCCUAUUACGGACAGUUCUCCAGUCUUACCAUCAUUUGGUGCCACCUGCUCCAUUAUUUCUACGGUGGCUUCAAGGUCGCACAAGAACUCCACGCAUAGUUCUUAUAAUAACGCGAAUAAGAUAGCAGUGCCAGGAAUUGGUUUUGCUACGAAAUUAUCAUCAGGCGAUAUUAGAGUCGAUUAUAAAGAUGGAUCUGCUUUAACUAUUAAUUCACCAAAUCAUGGCAAUGGCAUCACAUAUGAGGCUACAGAUGGUACUGUUAUGCGGUACAAUAAAUAUCAAAAAGAGCAAAACUUGGAUAUAUCGAUUCAAAAGAAGCUCAAGCAAUUGCCAAUGAUUAUCGAAUAUCUCAUGGAACCAAAGCACAAAGGCAUUCGGUAGCUUCACAUAAAAAUGCAGUAUAUUUUGUGUAAUACGACUGUGAAAUCACACUCGCUCGUGGACUAUGAAGGAAAAUAGAAGCCGAUAAUCAUCGAUAUUACUAAGAAAACUUUUUGAAUAAUUUUUUUUCUAUAAACGGAAUAAUUGAAAAUGUUUCCAUUGUCUAUAAUCUACAAGA